AUGACAACAACCUUGGCCUAUCAAGGCCUGGCAUAUGCAGCCUUCCUCAUGACAACAUUUACGACACUGUUUAAACUACCUACUCGUACGAUGGAAGGUGUGCAAGGCGCGGAUAUCACAAUAGUAUCAAACAAAAGCCAAAGCCAGAACCCUGACUCUACGACUCCCGCUUUCCCAGCCAUUUUCUUUGGCGUCGUAUUUGCCAUUCCUUGUGUCAUACUCAGUGCCCAGUAUUGUUUCCGCUAUGCUCAUAACAGAACUAGAGCAACCGUCGUAAACGGCCGACCAACACCUCUCGUGACUAUGCCCAAUGCUCGUCGAGAGCGCCGACAAAAGAGUCUUAUGACUGUGAAUGAGAUCAACGGCAGAUUCCCGAAGAGGAAGUAUGGACAUUGGGUGUCAGAGCGCGCUGGGGAGUGUCUGCCAACCGCUGAUAGCUUUACCGUAACCACCGUCGUGGCGACCAUUGAACAAGAAGGUCAAGUGGAUGCGCAUCACAAGCUCGAAUCAGAGCCGCUGGAAGCUGAGCGUCAGGCCGAAGCACCUAGGGCAUCCUCAAGUCCGCUGCGCGGGUCUUCAGGCUAUGGUUUUAGUAACGGUGGGCACCCAGGUGCCGUCGGCCUACCCGAACGAACCAGUGAACCUGGUGAUAUCUGCGCGAUUUGCAUUGAUCUGUUUCAGAACGAGAACUAUAUCAGAGGAUUGGUGUGCGGCCAUGUAUUUCAUGUUGUGUGCAUUGACACCUGGCUGACCAGCCGCCGCGCUUGUUGCCCACUCUGCAAGGUAGCGCAGAAUAUGCCAAUACCUCGCGAUGCUGGAAGGCGCAGUUCUGCCGCAGCGAAUAGCUCCAACCUCAGUGAGCACAGCAACAACAGAAUUAGCCAUCAUAUCCGCCCCCAGCCAGCAUGCUUACGAGACAACAACUUAGGCUCAUUCUGCCGAGCAUCGUUGAGGCAAAUUGGCGCAACUGGUCAUGAUCAAUGA